AUGGUUAUGGAGAGGAUGGGAUUACAUUGCAACCAAGAGAGAAAGCAAUUGAUUGAGUUCAGUGGUUUUGAAGAAUUCUCUGUUAUGUUUAAGAAGGACGAGGCAAGCUUAGAUGAAGUGAAGAUGGCUUUCUCUAUGUUUGAUGAGAACAAGGAUGGGUUCAUUGAUUCAAGGGAUCUUCAAAGGGUUCUUUUCAAGCUGGGUCUCAUGGAAGAGAUGGAUUUGGAUGAAUGCAAGAAAAUGAUCGGUGUUUGUGUUGGGCACAUUGAUUUCAAUGGUUUUCUAAAGUUCAUGUAA